AUGGAAUUCUUCAUUUCCGACGAAGCCCGCAUUAGGGUUCAGAAUGAAUUAACGCUUCACCCAUCUGAAAUCAUUUCCCCCAAUCCGACGCCAUAUAAUCUUCAUAAGCCAUCACCGACCGGGAUUCCCCUAUUCUCCGACGAAGAUGUCACUGAUUGGAUUGACCUAAUGGAGCAGUUCUUCUCCUAUAAUUCCAUUCGGCCAGAUAUGAAGUUAUUUGUGGAAGAAUUUGCCAAAAAAUUAGAGCUCCGGUUUGGCAAAUACAUCCAGCCAACUCUACGGUUUAAUAUUUGGGAAGCGGCGCCUGUGAAUUCUUCAGUUACAGAGUCAGAAGAAUUGGAGGGCGAUGUGGUGGUAGAAUCCGAAGAGAAGUCCUCCAAUGAGACAUUUGAGGAAUAUGAGUCUUCUGGAAGCAAAGUGGAGAUUGAUUCACUGGAAAUUGAAGUCUCUACUCCCCUGACUGAAACUUCAAAGUCUGACACGAAUGUUGCUGAAUAUGUUGGUAAGACGCAUUGCGUUGAUGAUAACGUUGUCUCUUUAGAGAUUUUAGUUCAUGCCUCUGACAACUUGAAUGGUGCUGUUUUUAUUGGUUUAAAUGAGACCAAUCGUGAAAAUGUUGAACCUCUCGUUGAUCUAAAUCAAUUCUGGGAUGGAGGAUUUGGCCACAACCCAUUUCAUUUUGAUCCCGGGGGAAUCAAAUGCCCUGUUAGUAUUGCUAGUGUCGAUGAGUUUGUGCAUUCUGAUUAUCAAUAUGCUGAUGUAAAAUUGGGCAUUAAGCAUGAUGAUUAUGAUCAUAAUGAGCUACUGUCAGUAGAUGAAUUGAUCAAAACUGUGACUGAUGAUACUAUAAUGGAUGAUAGUACUUUAGUUCUGGAUGAAGAGGUUCCUGUUUGUAAAGGUGUGGUUCCUCAGGUUGUUAGCUAUGUGGAAUUGAAUAAUGAAGUUGAGCAAAAUGAAAUAAACAAUGGGAUCCUUAAAACUAUGGGUGAAAGCGAGAUUGAUUUUUGCGUAAUGGACUAUGAUUCGAAAUUUGCUAUUGAUCCUGGUAUACCAUCGGAAGCACAUUAUUUAAUUACUGGAAGUCCUGCAUUUGACGAGUGCUUUACGGUUCUUAGAUCUUCUGAAAAUGAACUUGAAGCUGGAAUGAAUGGUGUGGAUAAUAAGGAAAACUAUGGCAGUUUAAUUGUUAUUGAACCAGGGGGAACGGUGAAUUGUUGCAUUGGAAACACUAUUGGUCUGCGUGUGUUUUCUGUUAAUGAUGAUAUUUCAUCUCCAAUGAAUGAGUUUUUGGAUGUUGAUUGUAAACCUUUGAAAGGAAUGAUUGCUGAUGUCAAUGUUUCGUUUGAGUUUGUGAACUCUCCUUGUGUAUUUCUGGAUGGAAACGAAUAUAAUACUGUGGUUAAAGAUGAUGUUUAUGUUGGUGUUGCUGAGAAAACAAUUACUGGAACCUUAGUAUGGUUAAACGAACUAAUGGAUACAAAUGUUGAAAGGGUGCAACGCAGAGAUGAUGUUGCUCUGAUGCUUUUAGUUAAUACUAUGAUGAAUAAAUUUGGUUUAAAUCAUUUCUGGGAUGGGGAAAAUGGCCCUAACUCAUUUCAUGUUGAUCCGGGGGGAAUUGGAUGUGCUAUUGAUGUUGAUGUUUCACCUGCAAAUUAUAAUGUUACUUGUGUGAUUCUUUUUGGCCGCGAGAGCACUAGUUUCAGAAUGAAAAAAUUUGUAAAGAGUGGAAUUGAUACAGUUGUGGUAGCAUUGAAUCCUAGUCAUGACUAUGAUGUCAGUAACGCUGUUUUGAUGCCUUGUGAUGAAUCGAGUAGUCUGCGGGACAUGUUGGCAUAUGUUUUUGAUCAUUUUGGUAGGAGAAGUUUGCUCUUCUGUGAAGACCAUUCCUGUGUAUUUAGACUCUUUAGAGCUAAUAUACUGUUAAAGAGUGGUAAUGAAAUUAAAAUUGUGGAACUGAGAAACUUUCAACCCAAGAAACUUGUGUUGCUCGAAUAUAUGCUGAACUCUGGAGCUCCUGUAUUGUUGUUACAUCUGAAUAAGGGAAAUGUUAGAUAUUGCACUUUUACGACCAUCAUUGAGCACGUUCUGGUUUAUGUUUGUGGAUUACCCCUUGAUGCAAACGCAAUGGCAGCUGAUGUCAAGACUGUUCCUGAGAGAAAUCCUUCAUUGUUCUACCUUGUAAGCCAAAUAUUAGGAGCAAGGAGUUGGAGGCUGAAACUAUUGAACUUAGCUGCUAGAAAUUCCCAAAUUGUGGUUGAGUUUGAAUUGCUUCUUUGGUUACGGAUUGCAGUUAGUUACUCAUUACCCGACCUUGAGGACAAAGGUAGUUUUUAUGGGGAGUUAGUAGUUAAUAAAGUUCUUUGGCACGCAUUAAAAACUCUGGAAUAUAUGCAGCCUUGCAGCCUAUAUUAUUUUGGGGAAAUUUCUUUUUUCUUGCUACUGUCUUGCCAUGGGGAGAAAAGAGCUGAACCGUAUUUUAAGAUAUUCAUUCUGCAGCAAAUUUCAGUUGAUAAAUUCAUUAAUGAUUUUGAUUCUGAAAUACGGGGUUUAUUGAACUCUUGCCAAGUUGCAUAUGGUCAUGAAAUUGCAAAACAGGGAAGUGGAAGAUCAACUGCUGCUAACAUUCGGAUGGGCGCCUUUUGUGAUGGCAACAACAUUAGCAUUAUUGCUGAAUAUUGGAAAAUGGCUGCUCAAAACCCACCACAAAAUGAAAGUGGUACUGUUAGGAAUCAUGGUGCAUUUGUUGUAAGGACAGGUUUAGUCCUUUCUGGCAGUCUUGAGGACAAGACUGUUUUUAAGAGAGGUGGUCUGUCAUGCCCCUGGAGUAAAAUCACAGAGAAUAGAAAAGUAGGGACUAGAGUGUCAAUUCAGAAAAUAGGUGGACUAUAA